CAUCGCUGCACGCAGUGUGCAGCACACGAGGCGUAGUGGCAUGCAGUCGUCAACACCGGGACCGCUGCCGAUUCGGCCCAUGCCGAUGUCGUCAUCGCCACUGCUGCUGCUGCUACUGGCUCUGUGCAGCACAAUGUCUGCCGGCACCAGCGCCGGUCUUGUGCAGCAGGCAGCUACCGCGGCGGCACCAGCACAGUCCUCACUCGCUCAGUCGGGCAUGGCCGUGCCUACAGAUCUACUUUGUCCCAUGAAAGUUCCUGUCGGCAGCGAAGCCCCGGGAAGCCCGUCUAUGCGUAACGUGUCCUGCAACCCGUACGGAACGUUGCAAUGCAUUGGUGACGGCGGAGGCUGUCACUGUCGUGGCAACGUGACUGGCGGGCACUGCGAGCGGUGCGCGUCGGGCUACUACGCCGCCAACGGCCGAGCGGACGGCUGCGCCCCGUGCUCGUGCCCGGCAGGCCGUGUGCGCAGUCACGCCGGCGGCUCUGGUGUGGAGUGUGACGCACGCACCGGUCAGUGCGCAUGCACACCUCCCUACCAGGGUGUGCGCUGCGAGAUCUGCGCCGUUGGUUACCGCCCCACUCCCGUCACCAUCGUCGGCAGCCCUGGCGACUCCUGCGUUCCGUGCUCCUGCGACGCAGUCGGCACGACGACGACGGCGGGAUCAUCACCGACGGCGACGAUGACGUCUCCGUGUCACGUCCAGACUGGACAGUGUCCGUGUCGCCGUGGAUACCAGGGUCUCGGCUGCCAAGAUUGCGCGCCGGGCUUCCACCGGUCGACCGUCGGCGGAGUGUGUACGGCCUGCAAUUGUUAUGUUGCUGGGAGUACGAACAUCACCUGCCCUAGCAUCGCUCAGUCACCUGCAGGAUCAUCCAGCCAAUCCCCGGCGGUGACAGUGGGCCAGUGUAGCUGCAAGCCUGGCUAUACCGGUGGGCAGUGCAAUGUGUGUACGGAAGUGAAUCACUACCUUAGUGCAACUGGCUGCCAGCGCUUUCGGUACGAAUCAAUCUCGAGCAGUUUCGUUGCGCGUAACGUGCACCUGACACCCGGCCUUCGUAUCGGAUCAGACUACCGAGAGUACAAUAGUCUAAAGAUUUCACUCAAUGGUGUUAUCAGCUUUGGUGAUUCGGCACUUGACCUGGAGAUUGCCAACAAAACGCGUCUCCAGAGCUCGCUCCCAAUCCUUGCUCCCUAUUGGACCAACCUGGAGACUGUCGGGCUGGGACAGGUACGCGUCAGUUUUGUUUCACGCUCUUCCAACUUGCAGAGGCUACAGGUGAUUCGUUCACAAUUAAUGCAGCUGGGAAGUGACACGGACUUCUUGCCCACCAAGGCCAUUGUGCUGGAAUGGAGAGGAAUUCAAUCGGCCAGCAAUGCCUCCAGACGUAACAAUUUUCAGGUCACUAUCGCUGGCGAUGUCUGUCAGUCGUACGCCAUAUUUGACUACUCGGACGGUGGUGUGUUUGCGACGACCCCGCCCGCUCUGGUCGGGACUAGCAUGUCACAACAUGUGGCCUCCGGUACUGACGGGAUCAUGGACGCUGUCCAAGGUCAGAGCGUGCUCUACGCGUUGACUCCCGGCUGCAAGGUGUCUCUUCGCGAGGGGCAGACCUGCACACUUCUCACGCCGCUCAGCAGAGAAGUUGACACCGCUACGGCUCAGUUCAUAGAGUGCCCGGGCUCACUCAGCCUUGCUCGUAAUGUCUGGCACUUCCAGGACUACAAACGGACAACUCUGGGACCGGCUGCUGAGAAUUGCCUGCGUUCUCGUCCUGUGUCGGAGCGUGCUACGAUCUGUUGCUAUGACAGUGAUAGCAAUGGUGGCGGUCUCAUCACAACUGGAGUCGCCGCGGCGUAUGUUGCCUACGAAACGCGCGAUGAAUCCAGGCUAGCGUCGUGUUGGCAUGGCAACAAUCUGGCUCACUUCUUCCACCACAGACGCUCUGCCGCGGCGACGGCCAUGCGAACAGAAUUCUUUCUCGUUCACGCAGUGGACGGCACCGCCGUAACGUGGUACCGGCCGACCCUAACCUACUUCUUCCACCGCGUGGGCGAGUUCCGUCUGGCCGAGCUGAAGACGGACCUGUUCGACUAUACCCACCGUAUAUCUGUAUGGGGCCGCUAUGUGCAGAAUGCAACCAUGGCAACGACCGGCCAUGGCGGUGAUGGCCCGCAGUUCACUUAUCUCGAGCGCGUUGCCGUCACUUUGAGUGACAACAGACCAAUGUCCAUUACUGUCACACUUGAGAUCUUUGUUUCUGGCGAGAAGCUUGGCGUUUCCGAUAGCAACAGGGAACUACCUGUAUCGUGGCUAGGCACUGGUCACUAUAGCGAUGUGAUUCACUACGCCAACGACCUGCUUCAGAUCCGCAGCGGGUCAGCAACGCUAAACGUCACGCUCACCAAAGUCGCCGGGGCUCGUGCUUUUAUGACAGUCUACCUUCAGGCUCCGAAGACUGCCACGAUCCUGGAUGGCUUCACGGGUCUACUUAACGUACGGCAUUCUGCCAGUAGUCAAAACCCGGAGCGUCUCACAUCGCAUAUGGUGCAGAGCAACCGUGCCACUUUGACAACCAGUCCGUUCACGUACACACCGUCCGCAAACUACACAGUCUUGAACCCCAACACCAACGCCACGAGCGCCGCGGAGCUAAACCUUACCUCCAUAGCCGAUUCUUCUACACAAACUGCCAUCAGAUCGCUGUGCAGCGAUACGGAUGCGGAUUUCCGCACCUGUCUUGUACUGUAUGCUGUAUACAACUCAACUAGCGGCUAUGCUCCCGCCACAGCUGUAGGGCAGCUGCUUCGCAGCGCUCGCUUGGUGGCCAACUCCCUCGCUGUACUGGCGCCGAUUAUCACGUUCACCACACAAGUCGCCUCCCUCAGUUCAACCACGAGCAUCACAGUGUCUGCCGUUCCGUUGAAUUCCGCCACCAUAGCAGGCCAGAUCACUUUCAACGUGACCGGUCCGGGCGCAAGGUUUGUUACCACGGCGACGACUAGCACAGGGAUAUCGUACGCGCCGAUGGACCUCGGCGCGCUCGUCGUCACGGCAACCGCCGUCGAUAGCAACGGCGUGAACGUCACAACGACCGUGCCGGUCGCCGUGUGUGGAUGUGCGUCGUCGACGACGGGUACUUGUCACGCGUCUGCCUUCGUGCGCCCGUUCGCUGUGCUGCCGUGUACAUGCCAUGCUGGUUUAGAGGGAGCCAUGUGCAACGAGACCAUAGACCCGUGCAGCCCGCGGCCAUGCAGCGAUCGGCGGACUUGCACCAAGAAUGGCCUACAAGCAAGCUGCUCAGCCGACUGCAUUCAAGGUUUCCGGAGUAACUCGACGGAAAGCUGCGUCAAUGUAAAUGAGUGUGUUGUUGGCACGGGAACAAUUCCGGCCGAUGCCGUCUGUAGCCGGGGCAACGAGACGUGCCGCGACACUGUCGGGUCGUAUGUGUGCGACUGUGCCAGCGGAUUUGUGCGGACCACGGUCGGUGGCGGGUGCAUGGAUAUUGACGAGUGUGCUAACAGCACCGCCGUGGCCACUAGCUGUACAUCACCAGUGGCCGUGUGUAACAAUACAGUGGGCAGCUACAGUUGCUCAUGUCGCUAUGGUUACAAUGGCACCGGCGUGGAGAGCACGGGCGGUUGCUAUGAAAUCAACCUCUGUACAACCAAUCUACACGCAUGUCCAGCCUACACCGAGUGUCGACAUCAAACAGGCAUUGCCACACACGUGUGUAUCUGUCAAGAUGGACUGCCACCGGACGCGCAGAAACGAUGUCAUCCCGCGCCGACUCUUCUCCGUCCUGUCCAGCGUCCGACUCUCUACCUGUCCCGGCACGGCGGCUUGUCGCUGACGUGUAUCUUUGCCGGUGUGGUCAGUGGGGAGAUUGCCUGGACUGGGCCGACCGGCAUCAUCGGCAAAACAAUCAGCAGCUCCUCCGUCACCUUGCACCAGCUGGACAUGUCCUACUCUAUCCUGUCGCUGAGCGGGCACUCGGCGACAUCCGCCAUCGGCAACUACUCGUGCACGGCUCGCAACAGUCGCCUGAGCAGCACAGCUUGGUUUGGCGUCAUUGCUGUGCCCACUCCGCCACCAACAACCCAGCCACCACCAACAACCGCAGCACCAACGACAACUGGACUGCUGACGACCAGCACCUCAGAUGCUCCGUCGCCGGCUGAGCACACCAGCUCCAGCAACAACUUAACGAACGGCGGUGCCAUACCCAGCUCCGUGGCAUCGAGCGCCGCCGCCACCGUCGUCGACACGGCAACCGCAGACUCUGCCGGCGUUGUCCCUGGCAACAAGGCGGCGGGGGCCGGGUCUGGGAGCGGCAGCGGUUCGGCGUACCUGUACGUUGCCAUCGUGUUCGUGGUCAUGUUCGUCCUGGCCGCCACCGGCCUGGCGUGGAGCUUUGCCAAGCAGCGCAACAGCAGCAGCAUGGCGGGACUGCUACAGCGUGGUGCGCCGGCCGGCAGCGGGCGAGGAAGAGGCAUUCUCAAGAGGCUGUCCAGUACGCUACCGUUGUCUGCGCGCGCCUCCAACGACGCUCUGUUCCGGCCCGCCACAGCAGCGGACACCGAUGCCGCCAACAAGAGGCCGCCAACAUUGUCCUUGUCAUCGUCACGACCCACCGGCAGCAGCAGCAGCAAUGGCAGCAACGGCGGACCCAACACAGGAGGUGGGGGGAGGCAGUCACCCGCCGAGGUCGUGAGCGUGCGUCCUGCGUCCUCGUCCUGCACGUACUUCACGGUCGAAGAGGUGUCGGCGACGUUGAAUCAACUCGACGAGCCACACCCGCUACUCACGUCUAAGCGCAGCGGUGGCAGGACACCAUCGCCAGCAGUGGAGCAGCAACGUCAGAAUCGUGCUCGGCAUUACAGUACAUCGACCGCGUGCUCGACUCUGAGCUCAACCCAAGCAGCAGCACUUCAGGCCGGAGGCAGCGACAUCGAAGGCAGCGGCGGUGUUGGUGGUGGUGUGCGGGAGGAUACCCUCCUCACCAGCACCAGCGGAUCGAAUCUCUACGCCGACAGUCCCGGCGAUGGCAUGCACGCAGGCGGCGGCACGGUGCUCACCAUGGCGACCUCGGACCCAGUCAACAACGGCAAUCGCCAUGCCAACGGCGGCGCUGGGGCGUCGCGACAUCAGCCGCAGGACUAUCGCGCACCGGCCAUGUUUGUGAGCGAACCCGCUGCAGCUACGACGGCGGAUGGUGACGGCGGUGUUGAGUACGCGACGACUGGUGGUGGCGGUGUUGAGUACGCGACGACCGUUGGUGGCGGUGGGGAUUACGCCUACGCCGCUGAAGACGGUCUCAGGCUGGCAAGGAGCAAACCUGCGGCAGGUGCGUCGUCGAGUCAGAGUUCGCCGGGCAGCGGCAUGCAAGGCAACAGCCCAGCUGCUGCCGCCACCGCACAGCAGAGGAAAGCCAAGGCGGCAAAGGAGCGAAGUCCCACACUGCCUCCGCCCUACGUGUCGCCACAGCGACCGGUGGCCGACACCGGCUCCGUAAGCAGCGACGCCACGGCAACCAUGUCGGACUACGAGGACCCGAUGGAGACGUCGCGAGACCUGCACGUCGGAAUGACGUCGGUCGGCGAUCACCGCCGCUUGUCGGCUCUCAGCUCUGUCGAGGAUAAUCUCUACGAGAUGGACGAGGAGGACAGAACCGCUUGGAGCACUACGUCAUCUCCUCCUGCUCGGGCCAAGUAAGCCCGUGCCUGCCCCGGAGCACUGCAUCUCGUCCUGCAUGUUCAGACUAGGUAUGGCCGCUGUGUGUCCUGACCCUGCUGUACAGCACUACACUACACCUCCUGUUUAGACUAAGUAAGGAUGUGUGCCCUGGCCCCGUAUAGCUGUAAGAAUCACGCUGAGACUAAGUAUGGCUAUUCGGACCCUGUAUAGCUGCAAGUAAGGCUACGCCAACCCUGUAUAGCUGCAAAUAUGGCUAUGCAGACCCUGCAUAGCUGCAAGUAAGGCUAUGCGGACCCUGUAUAGCUGCAAGUAUGGCUAUACAGACCCUGUAAGUAAGGCUGUAUAGCUGCAAGUAAGGCUAUGCGGACCCUGUAUAAUAAGGGUCCGCGCGGACCCUGUAUAGCUGCAAGUAAGGCUAUGUGGACCCUGUAUAAGGCUAUGCGGACCAUGUAUAGCUGCAAGUAAGGCUAUGCGGACCCUGUAUAGCUACAAGUAAGGCUGUGCGGACCAGAUAGCUGUAAUGUUAUAAGGAGUAGCUGCUAUGUUCUACUACAAUGUAUGGAGCUAUCGUGGUGGCAACGACCUGUCGGCAGAGCUGGUGGGACUGCGAAUAUUUCUGGAAUCAAGGUAACAAUGGCGUGGAACUGACAGGUACAGGCCCGUCAGAGCAGGAUGUGUGUGUGUUGUGCGUGUGUGUGUGUGUGUGUUGUGCGUGUGUGUGUGUUGUGUGUGUGUGUGUGCCACCGUGCAUGCAUGGGUGCACAAGUAAAGAUCUGCAAGCCGCCCCUGUGCCAAACGGAAUGUAUGUACUUGGACUCUCAUCGACCAUGCUGCCAGUCACACUCGACGGUACACGUCUUCAUUUCUGAUUUCCUUUCUUCGCUACUACCUGGCCCUGCUCCUCAGGUGCACCAGUAUGGCUUGGAACAACUGCAGCAACCGUUUGCAGCACGUCGUUGCACACUGCGAAUGUUGUCGGCAUUUCCGUCGAAAAGUAGGCUAGCUAAUUUCCGUGUAUUAUAUUUUUGCAUGGGUGGAUUCGUCUACGUGCAGCAAACCUGCGUCAUACCACACAGGUUGCUGCCAAUUUUCCUCCCACUUUUCUAUUUCUGCUUCGUUUUUCAGACAAUUUACAUUAAUUUUUUAACUUUCUGAUACGUAAAUAUCUCUGUAGUAACCCCGCAACACUAACCCCAGUUCUUAUCUUAACCCCAUACUAACUAACCCCCAAUCUCUGAUGUUAACCCCUACUAACCCCAUACUACCCCCCCCCCCCCUUGUCUGAUGUUAACCCCUACUAACCUCAUACUAACCCCAUACUCCCUUUGUCUGAUGUUAAACCCCUACUAAUCCCCCCCCCCCCCCCUUCCCUGAUGUCACGCCGUAUUAACCCCGUACUAACCCUGCUACCACUGCUGCUGCGCACACUGCCAUGUGACAUCGGGAUGGUUAGUUUACUAACGACAGUCUCCCUCCCUCCCCUCCUUCGCAGGAUCUUUCUGUGAUGGUCAACGGCAGCAACGACUUUUAUUUUCUCUCUCAACAAUAGG